AUGUCUGAAUUCAGAAGGAUCCUAAUGUCUUCAUUCCUGAUGCUGCUGCUCCACUUUACAGUGACUGAACAUCACGACAAUGAUGAGGUGACGUUAAACUGCUCUGUGACGAGACGUGGACAGGGUGAACACACAGUGAAGUGGCUGCUUCAGGGUCAAGAUGUGAUUAAAGUAACAGAUAAGUUCACAGGAGAAGUACAGGUGUUUCUCUUCAGACCUCAGUCCUCAGAUGAGGACACAAAACCAGCAACAACACCAACAAAAACAACAACAACAGCUAAACCCAACUUAAACUCAGGUGAUGUUACAAGGAAGGUGACUACAGUAUUACCAACAACAACUAAAUCAACAUUGAAAGUGAGACCAGCAUUAGAGACGACCAACACUGCAUCUGAAAACAAUCAAACAGAACAAGAGGACAAAAAUCCAGGUUGGUGGUGGUGGAUCAUCGUUGUGAUCGUGGCUGUUGCAGCACUCACAAUAAUCACUGUGGCUGUCAUCAGACGGAAGAGGACUCAAGGGACCAGAACAGAGACCGAUGAUGACAUGGCUGAUCCUGAAGAUGGUGUUUCCUACGCCUCCAUCAGCUACACCAGGAAGACCAACAGGAAAGCCAGGGCUCACCUUCAUGAUGAUGAUGAAGAUGAUGCAGUGACCUACAGCACUGUGAGAGCUCCCUCCUCUUCCUCUGCUGCCUCCGCUGUUCCCAGCCUCCUCUACGCCACCAUCAACAAACAGAGAAAAUAA